AUGACCGUUCAAAGUUUGAUUGAAAAAGUACUACAGGUUACAUUGAAUAGCCAAGAUGUUCCAAGUGGGUUUUACUACUAUCCAAAUCUGGAAAAUCCCUCUACGGUGGGUUUAACAAUCGAUGACAUUGAUUCCAUUAUAUUGUUUCAAUUGACUGAGAAUAUGGAUCUAUUAGAUCCAUUGAACUAUAUUAAUGAUUCAUUUAGAAGAUGUUCCAGUGAGAAAAAAUUUAUUUCCAAGAGUAGUAAUCCUUCUAAUGAAUCUAUCCCAGUCCUUAAUGAGAUUGAACGAUUAUUGAUUGGCUAUGGGUUGGUGUCAUUCCAAAUUGAAUCCUUUUGUUUGAAAGGAAAUUAUUUAAAUUAUAUUGAAACAAUUUUAAAUAAUUUGGAUUCAUUUAGUGACCUGUUAUUGAAUAUCAUCAAGAGGUCUAUCGAAGAAAAUUCUUCCUUUGAAUUAAUUAACAAUUUUUUUAAUACUUUAUUAACUUAUUCCAUGAAAAUUAAUUUGAAUUUAAAUGAUAACAAGAAUUAUAAUGCAAUUUUAUCUGUUUUUGAAAUGUUUUUAAAUUUCAAACAAAUCAGUUCAAUCUUCAGUCAAAUAGAAAAUUAUCUACCUGAUUUAGAUUCCAACAAUCCUCUAAUUAAAAACCCCUGUGAUUAUGAAAAAAAUAUCAUUCUAGGUCCUAUAUUGUCGUUAUCACCAUUAGACACUAAUGUUGCUUUUAAAAAUUUCCAAAAUGAAAUCGAUUUCACUCAAGAUCCGCAAUUAGACCCAUCCAUGAAACAAAAGAUUAAAUUGAUUAAUGAGUCGUUACAGACUGAACAUAAGGUUAUAAUUGAUCGUUUAUUUUAUAUAUUGGAUAAAAUAUUUAGAGGCUCCAACAAAACAAGAUCAGAUACAAUAUCAUUAUUAUCUAUAAUAGUUAAUAAAAACCAUUUAAGAAGAGGUGAAAAUGCUAAUCCUAAAAAAUUAUCUUCCAAUGCAUUUAUGACAAAUAUAACAAUUCUUUUAAUAAAAUUCUCACAACCGUUUUUAGAUGUUUCAUUUAAAAAGAUCGAUAAAAUUGAUGUCAAUUAUUUUAAUAAUAUUAAUUUAUUAAUUGACUUAUCCAAUGAAACAAGGAUGAAUUCUGAUUAUAAUGAAGCUAAUGAAUUUUAUGAGACUAAAAAUGUUUCUACUGAACCAAAUUUCAUUUCAAAUUGUUUUUUCUUAACACUGACUUAUUUGCAUUAUGGUCUAGGUGGUACUCUUUUGACAAAUGAUAAAUUAAGUUCCCAAAUUAAAUCAAUUAAAGAAGAAGUCAAAAGAUUGAAAAAUUUGAAUGUAACAAAUGGUCAAAAUUCUCAAAAUUUCUUAAAUUCUUUUACAGAUCUUCAAAUUAAAAAUAUGGAAAAAUCUUUAUUUUUAUUACAAUCUAUUAAUCAAUCUUUGAUUGGGUUUUUCACAAAUAAAUCUUUACAAUUGGAAAUUUUCGAUUUCAUAUCUGGUGCAUCAACUUUUUUAAUUAGAGUAAUUGAUCCAAAUCAUGAUUUCCCAUUUAAUUCAAUUAAAUUACCUUUGAUACCCGAUCAAAUUGGUUUUGAAAAUGUUGAUAAUGCAGAUUACUUAAGAAAAAAUGCUCCAAUCCCAUUUAAGUAUUAUCCAGAAUUCAUUGUAGAAGGUAUUUUGAAUUAUAAUCUUUUCAUUACAAAAUUCAACAAUAAUCCUUUAUUUAAUAAUCCUAGAUUAAAUUCUUUUAUUGAAUUAAUGACUAUUCUUUUACGUUGUCCUGAAUUAAUUUCAAAUCCACAUUUAAAAGUUAAAAUCGUUCAAAUCUUAAGUUAUGGCUCAAUGCCCUUGAUGGAUAAUUCACCAGGAUUUAUGAUGGAAAUUUUUGAGAAUAAUGAAAUCGUUAAUAAAAAUAUCUUAUAUGCAUUACUAGAUUUUUAUGUUAUUGUAGAAAAGACAGGUUCAUCAUCUCAAUUCUAUGACAAAUUCAAUGCCCGUUACAGUAUUUCGAUCAUUUUAGAACAAUUAUACUAUCAUAUCCCUAUUUAUAAAACCCAAUUGAAAGAUCAAGCAAAAAAUAAUUCCAAUUUCUUUAUUAGAUUUGUGGCAAGAAUGUUAAAUGACUUAACUUUCUUAUUAGAUGAAGGUUUAAGUAAUUUGACAGAAGUUCAUAAUAUUACACAAGAAAUUUUAAACAGAUCUAAAGGUAACCCACCAUCAAGAGAAGAAAACGAUGACGAAUUAAAAUCUAAAUUGAAUUCUGCUUCACGACAAGCUAAAUCCUCAUGUGGCCUAGCAGCUAAAUCGAUUAUUCUUUUCAAAAUGUAUACAAAGGAUAUCCCAAAUGCAUUUGUUAGUGCAGAAAUUGUUGAUAGAUUAGCCAGUAUGUUAGAUUAUAAUUUAGCAUCCUUAGUGGGUCCAAAAUGUAAUGAUUUAAAAGUGAAAGAUCCUCAAAGUUAUUCAUUUAACGCCAAACAACUUUUAUAUUCAUUGGUAACGAUUUAUUUGAAUCUAUCAAAGGAAGAUGAAUUUGUCAAAGCUGUGGCAAGAGAUGGUAGAUCAUACAACAAAUCAUUAUUUGAUAGAGCUAUUCACAUUUUACAUGUAAAGACAGGUUUAGCAUCUGAUGAAUAUUGUAAUAAGUUAAUAAAUUUUGUUAAUAAAGUAGAAAUUCAAAAAGUUAAUGAAGAAGAAGAAGAUCAAGAUUAUAAUGAUGCACCAGAUGAAUUCUUAGAUCCUUUGAUGUAUACAAUCAUGAAAGAUCCUGUAAUUCUACCUACCUCUCAUGUUUCAAUUGAUUUAAGUACAAUUAAAGCACAUUUGUUAAGUGAUUCGACCGAUCCGUUUAAUAGAGAACCAUUAACGUUAGAUCAAGUUACACCAAAUGUUGAAUUGAAAAAUCAAAUCUUAGCAUACAAGAAGAAAAAGAGAGAGGAGAAGUUAAUGAAAAGAGAAUAA